GGUCUUCCAGUAGCCUCGACUUUUCCAAGUGGCGUGCGGCUGCCAGGGUCCGCAGCUGGGGACCCCGCCCCGGAAUCCUGCGACGGAGGGAAGCUGGCGCCAUCUCCCCGCAUUCGCCGCCGGGGGGCGCUGCCGCCCUCGUCGGCCUCCGGCGCGUUGCUGGCGGUCCCCGCGGCCCCACGCGCUGCCUGCAAGAUGUCUGUGAGCCGCGGCCAAAGGCCGGCGGGGCCCGGGAUCCACCUCUCCUGGCUGCUGUGCUGCAGCGCCCUGCUGUCCUCGGCCGCGGGCUACGUUAUUGUGAGCUCGGUGUCCUGGGCCGUCACCAACGAGGUGGAUGAGGAGCUGGACAGCGCCUCCACCGAGGAAGCAAUGCCGGCGCUGCUGGAGGACUCGGGCAGCAUCUGGCAACGUAGAUUCCCGGCCUCCGCGCACAAAGAGGACGCGCACCUGCCGCCCCCCGCGGGCACCGCCCGCGCCCGGCCGUCCCCGGCGCCGCCGGGAAUGUUCUCUUACAGGCGCGAGAGCGGUCGGAGGCUGCGCCCGAGUACCGCCCGCUUCCUGGCGCACGUCAGUGCCUGGGGCUGUCUGGCCACCGUGUCGGCGCACGAGAAGAUCCCAGGACUGCCGUUUGGGAACUGCGUGCCCAUCAGUGAUGGCCCCUUGAACAACAGCACUGGGAUUCCUUACUUCUAUGUGACACCCAAGGACCCUGUGGUGGCCAAUCUGAUGAAGAACUCCAUGGCCUCACUCCUGCUGCCAGAAUCAGAAGGAGAGUUCUGCAGAAAGAAUAUCGUGGACCCGGAAGAUCCCCGCUGUGCCCGAUUAACACUCACUGGCCAGAUGACGGCAGUGUCUCCGGAAGAAGUGGAAUUUGCCAAACAAGCCAUGUUCUCAAGACACCCGGUUAUGAGGAAGUGGCCUCGUCAGUAUGAGUGGUUCUUUAUGAAGAUGAGGAUAGAACACAUCUGGCUUCAGAAAUGGUAUGGAGGAGUAGCGGACAUUUCGAGGGAGGAAUAUUUCAAAGCAGUUCCAAGAAAGGCCUGACCUAGGGAGAAGAAAGUCCUCGGUGUUUGCAGAAAAUGAAAACCUUUUAAGCGAUGCUGCCAGACAGCUACUGAUUGCUGUCUCUUUGUGGAAGAUUCCUAGCAGCCCUGUCAUCCUCACAGCAGAAUGGGAGAGGGUGGCCAGGUGAACGUGGUCAUUUGCAAAGCCGCAGUUCACAAAGGUACUUCAUGUGUAUCAUCUUUGUUCACAGUGUAUUCAGUCCAGACUCACCUAUUUGAGAAUCACUGUUGAUGUCAAAGUGUUAUGUUGAGACAGUUUCUGUUCCAUUCUUUAAGACAAAAAAAAAAAGGCCUGUAUGUACAAUGUCUUUGCUUUGUAUUGUGAGAGUAUUUUUGUUGCUUGCUGUAUCCAAAAGGAUGUCUUGGUCCUAAGCUCACUGCAACCACAAAGGAACUAAAUACACCUCCCGCAGCCACAAUCUCAUCUUUAGGGUGACGGUGUAGGACCAUUUGUCUGCGGAUUACUCAUCGUGCUACUGGAUUGCAAAUGCAUUAUGAAGUCACAUUUGCUGGAAUGUAUCGGUCACUUGCGAAGCUUUUUUCCCUCUGGUAUGAUGAACCACGUGAGGACACACCGAGUUUCGCACACAGGCCUGUUCUAUGUAAGCAGGACAUGGAGAUGCAUUAAUGGGGAGGGGCAGUUUUGGCAGGAAGCUCCCCACCAUCCCCACAGCUACCGCUUCUGACAGAAGGUUCCUUUUUCUCAGGCAUGAGGAGUGGAAUCCAAAAUAAGAAACACCUCAUUCUGUGCUGUACAGAGAGGAGAGGGACAGGGUGAACCUGGGAAGGAAGCAAAGGCAACAUGUAAGAGAAGGAAGGAAGGAGGUCAGUAGCGGAAGUCACGCUCCCUGCCCUGCCUGGGUCCAGGUCCUUGACGGGGUCAUCUCAUGUAAGCCUUACAACCAAUGAGAAGCGUUUUAUCAUUGCCACUGACAGACAAGAAAACUGAGGCUCGGAGAGGCCAAGUGAGCAUUCCAAGGUCUGACUCCAGACCUCACUGCACACAAUGAACAGAGUUCAUUGAUUUCAUAAAAGAUUUCCAAUGUAAAUGUAACAAAAGAGUUACUGAAGUGCACAGAUAGUCAAUGAACCAAGAAAAUCAGUAAAGUGAUGACUAACUAACCUGUGUGUAGAUGAUUUGACACGACUUUCUUAAAAAAGAAAAAAUAUAGUCUCUGAAAUUUGAUUCUCACUACAGAUUUAAAAUUCUCUAUGAAUUAUAUGCAGGAGCUCCUGGUGUUGGCAAGAAACUAUGUUGUAUACCUGUGUACACAUCCAAAGCCUACGUGGACCUAUGUGAACAAAUCUAAGAACUUGUAUAUUAACAUCAACAAAAGAUCUAGCAGUCCCUGGUUUUCUGUUCUUUCUGUAAUGGAUAUAAACACUCUUUGAUGUACUAGAUAUGUUGUGUAACAUAAAAACACAUGGCUAUAUAUAGGAGAUAUACAUUUUUAAAAUAAAUAAAAGUGUUACUAUGGUUACACUUUUGUUUAAAAAAUUAAGACAUGAAGAGGGUUUGAGUUGUCUGAACAUUUUUAAGUGCCUGUUACUAAAAGCGUAGGAAGAUGCACAGAAUUCUUUAUUUAUCAAAAGCCAAGUCUCAAGAGUUCCUAACAAUGGCAAUUUUUAACAUAUAAGAAUAAGGUUACUGAGGAUAUUUUAUAUUUUCAGAGUGUAAAAUUAUGCUGCCCCCAUUUUAUAGAAAAGAAGGGAAAACUGGAUGAACACACCAAACACUCCAUAAGUCAACCUCAGACCUUAAUUCUCUGAGCAUCACUGCCCCUUGGUCCUGUCUUAUGGAUACUGUUCCUGUGCUAGGUUUGCUUUUAUAAUCAGGUUCCCCAUUAAAAGUCACUGUGCUGCUUCCAGGGGCUUUGCAGUGUAGGUGCCAUUUAUAACCACUGACGCAUGUUAUCAGUUAUUGAUCCAAAUUACAGGAAAUGAAAUCUGAACAGGUUGGAUGAUUAAGAAGAGUGUUGAAAACACAUCUGUUUGAGACUGUUGGGCCCCAUUUAAGGCAGUAAUACCUAGAAAAUUCCAAAUAAUCUAUUUAAAACAAAACAACAACAACAACAACAAAAACAAAAAGAAACCUCUUAGGACUAGCAAGUGAGUUUAGUAAGGUGUCAGGCUACAAGAUCAGCCCACAAAAUUUAAUCACAUUUCUAUACAUUAACAAUGAAUAAAGUGGAAACCAAAAUUAAAAACACAGUACAGUUUAGAAUCACUCCAAAGUAAAUAAAUACUUAGGUAUAAAUUUAGCAAAACAUGAACAGGAUCUAUAUGCUGAAAAUUAAAAGAUGCUAAUGAAAGAAAUAAAAGAUCUAAAUAAAUGAAGAGACAUACCAUGUUCAUAGAUUUGAAGACACAAAACAGUCAAGAUAUCAGUUCUCCCCCAGAUUCAUCUAUAGGUUUAAUGCAAUUUCUAUCAAAAUCCCUACAAGGUUUUUGUAGACAUCCUCGUAUUCAAACUUCUUAAAGUUUCAAGGCACAGGCCUUGGAAUAGCUAAAACCAUCUUGUAAAAGAAGAAUGAGUAGGAGAAAGCACCCUACCAAAUAUAAAGAUUUAUUAUGUAGCUACAGUUAUCAAGACAAUGUGGUUUUGGUGGAGUCAGAGGCACAUAGAUCAAUGGAACACUAUAGAGAAUCUAGAAAUAGAUCCAUACAAAUAUGCUCAAUUGAUUUUUUUUAAACAUACAAAAGUAAUUCAAUGGAAAGAGGAUAAGCCUUUUCAAUAAAUGUGCUGCAGCGAUGGGAUAGCCAUGGGCAAAUAAAAAGAACAUCAACUUAAACCUCAUACCUUAUACAAAAA